UUGGCCAGUUUUCCUGCAAGUCGGUGGAGCAAAUGGCGCUAAACAAGUACAAACCAGAGUGGCUGCCCAAGUUUACGCCGCAGGGUCUGCUUCCCCUACACGACGGAAACCACACCUCGAACCGCACCAUCUUCGAAGGGAAGCCGUUCGCCAGCAACUGCAUCAAUGCCACUCAAAUAUCGUCGUACCAUUUUUUCUACAAAAGAGUGCUCGGAUUCAGCCCCCAUAGCAGAGACCAAGGUCCGUACCAGGCCCAUCUUUUACUAGCCGUGGCACUUGGCUGGUGCUGCGUGUUCGCCUGCGUCCACAAUGGCAUCAGGUCGCUGGGAAAGGUCAUCUACAUCACCACCACACUUCCGUUCGGGCUGCUGCUCAUCAUACUGGCGCGAGUACUCACGUUGCCAGGAGCGUCUGUGGGGCUCAAGUUUUUCAUCGUGCCGAAGUGGAGCGAAGUCCUGUCUGUAACGCUCUGGAGGAGAGCCGCCGAGCAAGUGAUCCUGUCGCUAGGCCUGGGCUACGGCACCGUCAUCUGCUACGCCGGCUUUGGGAGGAUCCGGAACAAGCUCAGGAACGACCUAGAAGUAGUCAUCGCGACGCAGUUCUUCGCCAGCUUCGGUUUCGGCCUCGUCGUCUUCUCCGUGCUUGGAUUUCUGGCGUCAGAUCAACAGAUACACAUCGAAGACAUCAUUACCUCCGGCUUCGACAUGGCCUUUGUGGCCUAUCCAGAAGCCGUGAGCCACUUCAGAAACGCUUCCCUGUGGGUGGUCUGCUUCUACGUGGCGCUGUUCUGCAUGGCACUCAACGCCCAGUGCGCCACCGUUCAGGCCGUGCUGAGCCCCGUACGGGACGAGUUUUCCCACACUCUGCGACCUCGCCGUUGGGUGAUGGCAGCGACUGGGUGCCUGGCACUCAUGUUCUGCGGGUUGCCCUUGACGCGACACGACGGAAUUUUCACAAUGAAACUGAUCAACGCGUACUUCGGAGAUCUGUUGCUACCGAUGUUGGCGUUAUUAGAAAUGUGCGUCAUCGUCCAUGGAUACGGUUUAAUUCGAUUUUCUCAAGAUAUUUGCUUUAUGCUCAAGAAAUGGCCGUCGUUUACGCUAAGCUUUUCAUGGAAAUACACCUGCCCUGCCAUUCUCCUGGGCCUUUGCAUUACAAACGCCAUGUUCGUCGAGAAACUCAAGAUAGCAGGGUACGACCUACCUGUAUGGGCGACCUACGUCGGUGUAACGCUCGUAUUUAUAGGCCUGGCGAUUGUUGUUGCCUUCUGUAUCUACCACCUUUACGUCUUUGAAUGGGACUACGACGCCGCGCUGAGGAUCAGCGACGACUGGGGUCCUCGGGACCCUGACGAGAGGUUGCGUUACCACGCGUUUCUCAAGAGCCAGAACAUCGAAGCCGUGGUCAACCUGAGCGAGGGCGCGACGGACGCGCCCAGCCUGAGACAGUCCUCCGGCGAAGAAGGCGAAAGCGACAGUAGUGUCCAGCGUUCGUCCGAUGUUGUCGUCGGUGCCGUAGAGACACCACCACAGGUAAUGGCGGCCCCGUCGGACACAUCGGCGAUGCCCACGGCUCCUGGAGUUCAGUUGGAGAGCGGCGCGCAGCGUUCGGACGCCGACCCCAGCGAGCGGAGCCAGCACGGCGGACCGAAGCGCACGCUGAUCGUCUCCAAGUCGGGCGUCAGCGUUGUCACCGGGCCGCUGUCGGAGGGCGAAGAAAAGCCGCCCGAAGCCGGCAGCUCCUAGAUAGCUCUCUUUCAUUAUAUAUUUGUAAAUGCUACUACUCUUUUCGUAUUACUUAGAUACAUUAAAUGAUGCU